AUGGCUCCUAAGAUUCAACUCGUGCGCAUUGCCCAUGUGCUUUAUACUCAUGAGGACAUCGACAGUGCCCGUGACUUUCUUGAAGAUUUUGGAAUGCCAGAAACGAAGCGUGUCGGAGACAACUUCUACUUCCGCGGCACUGGUUCAGAACCAUUCGUCUACUGCGCCAGCAAGGGCAAACAAGGCGCAUUCGGUGGUGCCGCUUUUGUCGUCGAGUCCGAAGCCGAUCUUGAAAUCGCCAGAUCGUUGCCAGGAGCCUCCGACAUCUAUCCGCUAACUGAGGCCCCGGGAGGGGGGAAAUGUGUAACGUUUUAUGAUCCCGUAGACAAGUUUCCUAUGCACCUUGUCCACGGCCAGACACUCAGGGACCAUGUGGAAACACGCACCCCCUUGGACUUCAACUUUCCCGAGGAAAAGCAUCGCCCUGGCAAUAAAACUCAACGAUUUGAGAAAGGGCCUGCGCCAGUUCACAAGCUUGGGCACUUUGGAGUGUGCGUGACUGAUUUUGCGAAGGCAUACCAGUUCUACACCACCCACUUCAAUUUCAAAGCCAGCAAUCUUGUUCAUGAUGGCAAUGGGAAGGACAUAACCGCUUUCCUCCAUCUGGACCGAGGAUCGGAGUUUGUUGAUCACCACUGCUUUUUUUUCUUUGAGGGCCCUGAGUGGCAUGUUCACCACUCCUCCUUCGAAACGCACGAUUUUGACACACAGGUUCUGGGCCAUGACUGGCUCCGCCACAAGGGCUAUCAAAACUGCUGGGGUGUAGGACGGCAUAUCAUGGGCAGCCAAAUCUUCGAUUAUUGGUUCGACACCUCGAACUUCAUCUUGGAGCAUUAUGUUGACGGGGACUUGCUCAAUGACGCCAAUCCCACAGAGAGAGAGCUUGCCCAACCGGGCAAUUUGCAUGUCUGGGGACCUGACCUUCCUCCGACCUUCAUGCAGUGACUUAUGCG